CUCAGAACUCAUCUGAACACACAGCGAGAGCUUCAGAAGAACUGAAUCUACUAACAACAGAGAAGAUCACUGAAGAAGAGAGAAGAAUGAAGAUCAUCUGGACUUUCACUCUGCUGAUGAUUCCUGAUGUCGUGAGCUCCAUUAGUGUGACAGGAUAUUCAGACGGUGAAGUCAACAUCACAUGCAGAUAUAUGGAGAAAGAUACCCAAAACACAAAGUAUUUUUGUAAAGGAAAGACGCCAGAGAAAGAAAAGGGUAAGUGGUGCAUUGAACUCAUCAGGACUGAAGAGAAAGAUAAAUGGGUUCAUUCUGGAAGAUUCUCUCUGUAUGACGACACAAGAGCAGCAGUUUUCACUGUGACCUUCGGAGAUCUGAAUGAACUGGAUUCUGGGACGUAUCAGUGUGCAGUUGAUAGAACUACAACAAAAGAUUCAUACACUGAAGUGAAGAUGAACGUUAGAAAAGAGAGAGAUGAACACCAAACAACAUCAUCUUCUCUCUCAUCAGUUAAACCUCCACUGAUCACGUCUCCAUCUCCUGUAAAAGGCUCUUCUCUGGUCAUCAGUGUGUCUGUUCUUCUGCUUCUGAUCGUCCCUGUGAUUCUGUUAGUGAUGGUGACUCUCUGGAGGAGGCGUCAGUCACACAACGCUGAUUCCUCAUCCAAAAGUUCUCACACGACGCCAACAAACAUUGAAGCGGUUUCCCACGCCGGCUGCGAUAACAAGGAGAUUAAAGACGCCCACAAACAAUUACCCACAAACCCCUCGGACUCUUCUGAAGCCACCGGUGACUCUCAGAUCUUCAUCACAUCUGCUGAGGAUCUGAAUUACGCCGUGGUGAAUUUCCAGAAGAAAGCACUCUGUCCUGACAGAAUGAACUACACACUUUUAUGGUACUUUAUAUGA